AUGUCUUCACCAAGCAAGACCGUAGCCUUCAUUGGCCUCGGUGUAAUGGGAUAUCCCAUGGCUCUCAACCUUCGUAAAGGGCUCGACUCCUCUCACACUCUCCUAAUCUGCGAUGUAUCCGCCUCAGCCCUCGAAAAGUUCCAGUCAGACACCUCAGGCCAGGGUCCAGUAGAAAUAGUUAGAAGCGGAUACGAUGCAGUACAAAAAGCAGACACCGUCAUAACGAUGCUCCCAGAUUCGAAUGCCGUAAAGAAAGUAUAUCUCGAUAAGGAAACGGGAGUGGUCGCUGGGGCGGAGAAACUACCAGAAGCCGGGGAUGGGAAGCUGAUCAUGGAGUGCGGUACCAUCGAAACUGCUACUAUCCUGGAAGUCGCAAAGUCAGUGGAGAGCUCUAGCGCAAGUAAGAUGUUGACAUUCGUCGAUGCGCCGGUUUCAGGUGGACCGAUGGGUGCGCAGGACGGCACAUUAGCUUUCAUGGCUGGUGCAAACAACAAGGACAUCUUCCCUACCGUAAAAGGGUAUCUCAGCCAUAUGGGCAAGCCUGAUGCAAUAUUCCUCUGCGGUGAUAUUGGAGCAGGCACGGCAUUCAAGGUCAUCAAUAAUUAUCUUAGUGCCAUCACAUCGCUCGCGGCGUCUGAGGCACUGAACAUCGGUUCGAAGAUGGGUUUGGACGUCGCUCUACUUACGGAUGUGAUCAACGUCUCUGGCGGACAAUGUUGGGUCACAAGCAAGAGUAAUCCAGUACCGGGGAUACAAGCUAAUGUACCGAGUUCACGUGGAUACGAAGGCGGGUUUCGCAUUGAGCUUUGUGCAAAGGUGCUAGGCAUGGGUAGCCAGCUUGCGGAGAUGGUUGGAGCGCGUACUAUACUGGACAAGCCCACGUUAGAAGCGUUUGGUGAAGCGAUGCAAGAUGAUAGAUAUCGAGGAAAGGAUGCGAGGGUGGUUUACAAAUGGUUGAAUGAGAGCGAACGGAAGUGA